CUCUGCUAACACCUCUCUUUGUGCACCUGACAGCGAGCUGUGACGCUGCUGUACAUGCAUCUGCUGCUGUGCGUGCGUCGGCCACUCUGUUGGUUAUAUUCUUUCGCAUGCUUCUCCAGUAGCAAAGGCGUUGGCGCGCAUACAUGCGCAGCAGAAUGCAUCAAACUUCUACCGUCGCUUCUUACAGUUUGUGGGAACCGCACUUACACCCCUGACAAACCGACCUGCCCUUCCCACCCCACUAUCGCGACAGAUUUUCACACAGCAGCAGCAACAUGCCGAACACCCAGUUCUCCAGCCACACCGCCCUCUCCGAUGAGGUACUCAACGAGUUCAGGAAGCUUCCUCAGGGCGGCAAGAUCAUGGCCGAGUACAUCUGGAUCGGCGGCACCGGGCAGGACCUCCGCUGCAAGACCCGAACCUUCCCCGCCAAGGAGGGCGGCUACGCCGUGGCCGAUCUGUGA